CAGAUACUGCAUUUAUACCGAAAAUACCAUCUGUCCAUUUUGUGCUACCGCGUGACGCUAUACUUUUAUCGAUAUAUACUUCGUGUUAUCGAUACUUUGACAGCUCUUAGCACGGACAUAUUUUAGUUUUACUUUUAAAAAUGGAAUGCAACGCCAAUGCAUCGUGUUUUUAGUAAUAAAAAUGUUGCAAAGGUGUAGUCCUAUGUUGGCGCCUCCCGCAUUUCACAUACGUGUGCGUCUGUAAAGAAAGAAAACCCCUAAACACAAAAUUGGAGCCGCCUUAAGCCGAAAACGUUAUUGGAGUCCCUUGCCAAGUAGUUGGUUGCGCCCCCCAAACAAAGUCACCCAAUAUGAUGAUUCAAGAGCCCGUACAGGCCGCCAUAUGGCAUUGUAUGAAUUACUACGACCUCAAAGAUGCUGUUUUCCUGGCGGAGCGACUGUGCGCGGAAGUGGAGAGCGACGAUACGAUAUUCCUGCUGGGCACUAGUUACUUUCGCUCUAAUCAGGUGCACCAGGCCUAUUGGCUCCUGAAAGAGAAGGGGCGUAAGUCACCACAGUGCCGAUUCCUACAAGCCAAAUGCGCCUACGAGCUUAAGAAGUUUGCCGAAGCGGAGAGUGCACUGAUCGCGUCCGGGUUCGCGGACAACAAAAACUUCGAAGAACUCCAAAAAGACUUUGGAGAGUUGGCCUGUUUCGCCUAUCAACUGAUGGCGCAGAUCUGCGUGCGAACGGAGCGCAAUAAACUGGCCGUUAGUGCGCUACGACGUGCCCUCAAACUUAAUCCUUUCAUGUGGCACGCCUUUGCUGACCUGUGCCUGCUGGGCCAGGACACAGACGCGGCAUCUAUAUUCCAAAUUCAAAGUACGGAUGUGUUCAACACCUGUCAAGGUAGCAGCGCCAACUCAAUGGUGCUCUUCGGCGCCGAACCGCACCUACAACAACAGCAGGUGAACCAGUCGCUCGUUAAUAACCUAAGCAAUAUUUCAAACUACAUAUUGACCACCCCGGUGGACCAGCAACAGCAGCAAUCACAGCAGCUCAUCCAGAAUCAAAAUCAAAACCAGAACCAUAACAGCAAUCUGAUGACGCCCAUAAACAACAAUAAUAACAAUAACAAUCUCAACAGCUCGAUCAGUAUGCUCCGCGGAGGUAGUCUGAUGCAAAACUCCAGCAUGCUGGCGUUGCUGGAAGACACUCCAAUGGGGGGCUUCACACACGAUUCGUCUGUGCAGCAACACCAGCAGCUAUAUGACAUGAGCAGCGGUACACCGUUUCGAAAGCAAUUCAAAUAUCUUUCGGCCAUCUCACCACCUACUCCUAGCUUCGGUGUCAUGCCUCUGACUAGUCCAUGCACCGGCGGCGAUGGCUCCUUUAUUGGUGCCCACACUCCCGUAAUGAACAUCAGCAGCUAUUCUCCGAUGCCGCAGAUGCUGGUUGAGGUUAAUCAGGAGCCCAAGAUAAUGGGCAAGAAACUGAAAACGCACGUCGGUGGACUAAUAAAUCGCAAAGAGAGCAGCCUUAACAAGCCCGCCGUUUUUGCUCAGGCGGGAAACAUCACUCCCCGCACUCCAAAUAACAACAAUGUGGGCAAUAAUGGUAAUAUAAACGUUGCGCCCAACGCUAAUGCUGCAGUGCGUCGCAGUUCGCGACUGUUUAGUAACUCCGCGUACUCGGUUAAGGAGAAUAACAAAUCACCCAACAUAACCAACAAUAAAUUUGUGCAACCACGCUCGCCGCCUAGGAAAACCAAGUCGCGGAUGACUAAGAUCUGCCUGAAUAACGAACUGAUCGAGGAAAAGUCUCAUCACCUCUCCGAAAAGCGUAAGGAAAAGGUGGAAACCAUCACAUCAUCGGGAGCAAACAACAACGCUAAUGGGCGCACUGCCGCCGAAGAGGCAAAAGUGCUGCUAAACAAUAGCCUCAACAAUGCCCAAACGAUGGCCCAUCAGCUGUUGGGACUGAAGAAGCAAUCUGCCGACGGACUGAUGGCUCUGCUUCGUGACUUAGCCGAAGCCUAUCAACUGUUGUCCAACUUCCAGUGCAAGGCUGCUAUAAAGCAGUUGGAGACGACGAUACCAAAAAAUCAUCUUAAUUCCAGUUGGGUGCAGUCACUGAUUGGACUGGCAAGGUACGAGAUGCGCGAGUAUGAGAAUGCAGUAACAAUCUUUGAAAGCAUUCAUAAGGCAGAGCCAUGUCGCCUAGAUUAUAUGGAGAUCUACUCAAGCUCUUUGUGGCACUUGCAACGAGAGGUGGAACUCUCUUCUUUGGCCCAGGAUUUGAUCAACCAGAACAAGACUAAUCCGGUGACCUGGUGUGUAUCCGGCAAUUGUUUCUCCCUUCAAAAGGAACACGAAACCGCUAUCAAGUUCUUCAAACGGGCCGUGCAAGUGGAUCCGGACUUUGUCUACAGCUACACUCUCUUGGGACAUGAGCUAGUACUGACCGAGGAGUUCGACAAAGCAAUGGAUUACUUCAGAGCAGCAGUGGUGCGCGAUCCCCGCCACUACAACGCCUGGUUCGGUAUUGGUACCAUCUACUCAAAGCAGGAAAAGCACGAACUGGCGGAGAUUCACUAUGUGAAAGCACUGAAAAUAAAUCCACAGAACUCUGUAAUCCUAGUCCACAUAGGCGCUAUGCAGUACUGCAUGAAGAAAAAGGACCUAUCCCUGCAGACACUAAACACAGCCGCGGCCUUGGACCCCAAAAAUCCUUUGACCCGUUUUCAUCGGGGUUCGAUAUACUUUUCGCUUGGUAAGUAUCAAGAGGCACUGCGGGAGCUGGAAGAGCUUAAGGAGAUAGUACCCAAGGAAUCGGUGGUGUUUUAUCUUAUUGGCAAGAUACACAAGACACUUGGAAACAUGGACCUGGCUCUGAUGCACUUUAGCUGGGCCACCGAUCUCGAUCCAAAGGGUGCCAACAACCAAAUCAAAGAUGCCUUCGACUCCAUGGCCCAUCCCAGCUGUUGUCCGGCCAACAACACAGCGCUGGACGUUGAUCUGGAGCCCACCUCUGAGCGUUCGGAUGAUUCUACACAGGCGCAACAAGACGGCAGUUAUGAAAGCGAGUACUAGAGAUCGACACUAUAUCCACGCGGUUGUAUAUACAUAAAACAAAAUACGCAAACAGCAAGAGCAUAAAAAUGUGGUGGCGAGAUGAGUCAAAAAAACCCAGAUUGAUUGCUGCUGAUUUGUCGCCGAGGGGAGAAGCAAACCAAUUAUGAAUUAUAAUAAAGUCUAGAUAACGUUUA